UCUGAUUGCUUAAACAGUAAUAAUGAUUCCUGUAGCACAAUUUCUAAAAUUAUUAAUAGUUGUAGAAAAACUAUUCACUGAGUUUGCAAAAUUAAAAGCACAAACACUGCUUUGCACACAGUUUGCACUUUUAUAACACACAAUUUGCAAAUGUAUAAAUACAAUCUAAUCCACAGCACUCCUUUUGCAGAACUGUAAACACAACUCAGUACUUUACACACAAUUUCCAAAUUAUCAGAACACUCCUAGUAAAACUAUACACAUUUAUGGACAUUUUUUACACUUUUUGUGUAACUGUUUGACCACACUGCACAUGUGAAAACAGUUUUAUAUAAUUAGUUCACUUUGCAAUCAGCUUGAGCACUAUAAAUAAGCCACAGGUAAGCUUUCAAUGUGGAGAACAAUGGAGGGCAGACUGAGAAGAGUGAGAAUUAGAGGAGGGCGAGGAAGAGGAAGAGGACGAGGACGUGAAGGAGCAGGUGGAAGAGGAGGAGGACAAAGACUAGGAGGUGAAUUUAGAGGAAGAGGACAAGGAGGUGAAGAGGAAGGAGGAAGGAUAAGAAGAAUCAGAAUUCCUGAUGACAUCAGAGCAACAAUAGUAGACCAUGUAAUCAACCAUGGAAUGACCCUAAGGGAAGCUGGCCAACGGGUUCAGCCUAACCUCAGCCGCUACACUGUAGCAAGUAUCAUAAGGACAUUUCGAAAUGAGAAUCGAGUUGCUAGAAAUCCAGCAUCUGGGGGCAGACAAAGAAUGUUCACUGAAGAACAAGAGACUCAUAUAGUCAAUAUGGUGUUGGCCAAUAAUUCCAUUAGGCUGCGAGAAAUACAGCAGCGCAUAAUAGAGGAUACCAUCACAUUCCAAAACAUAAACAACGUGAGCAUCUCUGCAUUAUCUCGUGUACUGGCACGAAAUAGAAUAAGAAUGAAACAAAUUUACAGAGUCCCUUUUGAAAGAAACAGUGAGCGCAUAAAACAACUGCGAUAUGAAUAUGUUCAGGUAAGCUAUAAUAUCAUUGGUACUGAAUGUGGAAGUCCAUCCUGUAGUGCUGUGUAUGAACCUGCUGUGCUGCAUUUGUUUUGUCUUUUCCAGAGAGUGAUGGAGCUAGAGGCAGAUGCCAUGGGUCAUGAACUGAUUUAUGUAGAUGAGGCAGGUUUUAACCUAACUAAAACAAGGAGACGUGGCAGGAACCUUAUUGGACAACGUGCUAUAAUCAAUGUGCCAGGACAGCGUGGUGGUAAUAUAACUAUGUGUGCAGCUAUGAGUCAAAAUGGUGUUGUGCACCAUCAUGCAAUCCUGGGCCCAUAUAACACUGCACACAUUAUUACAUUCCUGGAUACCCUAUAUCAUACACUCACUAAUGUUCAGAGAGCAGAGCAGAUGAGAUAUGUUAUCAUAUGGGACAAUGUUAGCUUCCAUAGGGCUGCUUUGGUCCGCAACUGGUUCACAGAUCACCAACUCUUUACUGUACUAAACCUCCCCCCAUAUUCUCCAUUCCUGAAUCCAAUCGAAGAAUUCUUCUCUGCCUGGCGCUGGAAGGUCUAUGACCGUCAUCCCCAUCAGCGCAUGGCUCUUUUACAGGCAAUGGAAGAGGCAUGUGAGGAUAUUGACCAGGCAUCAUGUCAGGCCUGGAUACGGCACUCAAGAAGAUAUUUUCCACGGUGCCUUGGACAAGAAGACAUUGCUUGUGAUGUCGAUGAAAUUCUGUGGCCGGACCCAGAAAGACGACAUGAUUGAUAUUUUUUCUCUCUCUCUCUUUCAGUGAAAUUGUAUGUUUUUUUGUGCUUCGUUUUGAUAUGUAUGAAUAAACAUUCAUACUUACAGUAAGUAAAAUUUGAAUCCUUGUGUGUUUGUAUGACAAAAUUAUGUCAAAAGUAUUACUUCAAAUUCACCUACCUUGUGCACAGAGAAAGCAAAAGCCAGAUGUGUUUUUUAUUUAUACCAUCAGUGUGUAGUUGGCACUUUGUGUGCUUAUAAAUAUGAUGGUUAGUGUUAACUGUUUGGUACAAAAAUACCAUUUUUACAAAGGUUUGUAGAGUUAAACAAGAUGUAUACUCUUUUGCAAGAGAACUAAAAUGUUUUGAUAAUUGGGUGAAAGGUUUUCUUAUUUGUGUGUAGAGUUUUGCAAAAAUAGCCAAUAGUUACAAAAAAUGUGCUUA